CUCCAAUCUCCACCUCCGCAGCUACGCCCACUUCCUCGAAGUUUGGCGCAUUGGGAACUAUGUUGCCUAGAAGGCGCCGCGCCGCUAGGCGGCGACGCUUGGGCAAUGAAAAGAGACCUGCCCAAGCGUGCGACGCGCAAUCGGCGAGACUUCCGGCGUCGCCCGUCGGCGGUGACUUCCGCUGCUCUAACGGUGAACUUAGCCUGCGGGAAGCUGGUUGUGGGCUGAGGCUACCAGCGCCGGAAGGCGCGUUAGCGACGCGCACUGCUCUUGCCGCUCAGAGGGGAGUCUGAGGCUCGGUGGCGGCGCCUAGAGUGGCCCAGGUGCUCUCCUCGGUCUGUCGUUGUCUCCCCCGCCCGGCUCAACCCACAGGCUCUGAUGGCGGCGGCCGCGCUGAGGGAGCCCGCUCAGAUUCUUGUGGCUGCAGAGUUACUUAUAGACAAUGAAGAGCAGGGCUGUGUGGCCUUUGAGGACGUGGCUGUCUACUUCUCCCAGGAGGAAUGGAGAUUGCUUGAUGAGGCUCAGAGGCUCCUCUACCGCAAUGUGAUGCUGGAGAACUUUUCACUUAUGGCCUCUCUGGGACUUGCAUCUUCCAAGACCCAUGAAAUAACCCAGCUGGAGUCAUGGGAAGAGCCCUUCAUGCCUGCUUGGGAAGUUAUGACUUCAGCCAUACCAAGAGGUACUUGGUGGGUGGAGCUCAGGGAGGUAUGAACUCAGGGAUGGGUUCAUAUCAUACCAGGAGUCUUUCCAGUGGGUCAGAUAUUUUGAUACCAAAGCAAGGGGUCAUUGCUGAUUUCUAUCUUUUCUUCCUCAGUCACCCAUUUAUAUCUUCUGAUAUCUGACCCAGGGCCAUUCCCCACCUCUCUGUCCUCCGUGUUUGACCCAGUCCUCAGCAGCACCCUUCAGCAAUGGCUUUCACUGAAUGUGUGGUGAGGUGGGGGCUUAUCUUUGCAUAGUCCUUGAAAACCAGCUGUUUGGUUGCAGUUAGUAUUUUCUGGUCCUGGACAUACCCUUCUGUGCUGUGUUCCUGUGUCUCCAGCAGCCAAAGCCCUAUGGAAGGCCAUUUGGAGAUAAUUGUGUUGGGGACCCUGUCUCUCCUCCUUCUGCUACAUCCCAUCCUUGCAUCUUUGAUGCUCAUAAGUCCUCCCCAAAUCGAAUUCAUGAACUGGCCAGUUUCAGCAUUGCACAGCAGGCCCUUCCUUGCUGAGAGCUAGCACCCUCAUUUCUGUCAGCAGUUCCAGGCACUAGUUACUGGGUGAGUCAGACACAUUUGUGAGAGUGCUACCUCCUCACACCAAAGUCUAUAUAUACUUCAACAACAUUUCUUCCAGGUUGUUGGCAUGGAGUGGAGGCCAAGGAGGCUCCUAAGCAGAGUGCUUCUGUAGGAGCGCCUGGUUCAAAUGUUCAGCAACACCAGAAGCAGCACUGUGGAGAGGAACCCUUAAAAAGAGAAGAGGGCAGGAUCCCAGUUUUGAGAAGUUGCAGAAUCCACCUGUCAGAGAAGUCCUUGCAAAGCAGGGAGGUUGGAAAGGACCUUCCAACCAGCUCAGGUCUUCUUAAGCACCAGAUGACUCACAGGGGAGAGGAGUCACAUAGGACUACCAAAAGUAGGGAGGCCUUUCAUGCUGGAAAAAGGCAUUACAAAUGCAGUGAAUGUGGGAAAGCCUUUGGUCAGAAAUAUUUACUUGUUCAGCACCAGAGACUACAUACUGGGGAAAAGCCUUAUGAAUGCAGUGAAUGUGGGAAGUUAUUUAGCCAUAAGUCCAACCUUUUUAUACACCAAAUAGUUCACACUGGAGAAAGGCCUUAUGGCUGUAGUGACUGUGGGAAAUCCUUUAGCCGUAAUGCUGACCUCAUUCAACACCAGAGAGUUCACACUGGAGAAAAGCCGUUUACAUGCAGUGAAUGUGGAAAGGCUUUCAGGCAUAAUUCCACACUUGUUCAGCAUCACAGAAUCCACACUGGAGUAAGGCCUUAUGAGUGCAGUGAAUGUGGGAAAUUGUUUAGUUUCAACUCCAGCCUCAUGAAACAUCAGAGAGUUCACACUGGAGAAAGACCUUAUAAGUGCAGUGAAUGUGGAAAAUUCUAUAGCCACAAAUCCAGCCUUAUCAAUCAUUGGCGUGUUCACACUGGAGAAAGACCUUAUGAGUGCAGUGAAUGUGGGAAAUUUUUUAGCCAAAGCUCAAGCCUCAUGCAACAUCGAAAAGUUCACACUGGAGAAAAGCCUUUUAAGUGCAAUGAAUGUGGGAGAUUCUUUAGUGAGAAUUCCAGCCUUGUUAAACAUCAGAGGAUUCACACUGGAGCAAGGCCUUAUGAGUGCAGGGAAUGUGGGAAAUUUUUUCGCCACAGCUCCAGUCUUGUUAAACAUCGAAGGAUUCACACUGGAGAAAUGCAGUGAUUGUGGGAAGCCCUUUAGCCAGCAUUUCAACCUUGUUCAACACCAGAAAGUUCACCUUGGAAAAAUGUCUUGAAGGUAACAAAUGGAAAUCCAUUAGGCACAUCUCCAGUCUCAUUCAACAUUGGACAGUUCACAGAGUCCAAUUUAGUGAAUGUG